AUGACCUACAAAAGUAGUGUGUCCAUCGUUCCCAUUUUCGUCAACUCCUUACAGUACUUUAAACACCGAACCUCCCUCGACAGACCUGGCGACACGGCUGAGGCCAGACUUAACUCGAUCUGGGCGCCAGGAUCAGGGUCGCACCGCUGGGCUCCCUGCGGUUUGUUCCUAGGGAAUCAGGGCGGGCCGAGCUCAUUGGCGAGGGCUGGAGCCAGGGGGCGGAGCGGGUUCCCCAGGAUUCUUGACCUAGCGCGCUGGUCCGCGGAGCCGGGCACCGGGCGCGGGACCGGACCUGCGCGGGCGGCCGCGGAGGCAGGGUCUCCUCGCCGGCCGGGUCUAGGGGGCGAGUGCGGGGCCAGGGCUGGUUGCCGGCAGCGGCUGCGGGAGGCAGUCCCGGUUUUUCCCCAGCGGUGGCCGCUCCGAGACAGCAUCUGUCAACGCUCCUCUUGUCCCCUCCUCCUCUGGCCGGGCCGGGCUGCGCUGGCGGCUGCCGAGAGGACGCGGGACCGGCGUGGUGAGCCCACCAGCUGUCAGGCGAGCGGCGAAGCGGCCCGAGGGCUUCGAGAGGCACACAAAGGACACGGUGGGCGGCGGCGGCGAAAAGCGGUGGCAAAUUCGGUACUGCAACUCCGCUCCGGCUGGGUCCGAGGCCGGGGAGACAAUGCGGCCGGCUCGGCCCAGCGCGUCUCAGAGUGCGGGGCGCCUGCGCUCCCCGGACCCCAACUUGAUCGUCCCCCGGCUCGCCCAGCCCCCUCCCGGGGAAGGGGCGCCCCCUCGCUCCGGCGGCCGGAGAAGGAAGUCGGUCCGCGGCCGCCGAGCCCGGCAACUUGCGAGCCGGGAAAAGUUUGCGGCGCCUCGGCGGGGCGGCACGGCUUGGCCCGCCCCUCGCGUCCGCGGCCACCGCGGGUGACUUUCUCGGCUCGUCGUCAGCCGGGGCCGCAGCGCGGCCGGCGAGGACUGCGAGGAGGGCCGGAGUCCGCCCGAGGGUUCCGGCACCCCUGUCUGCGGCCCUGGUGAGUUGCUGUAGAAGAAGGAAAAGAGAGGAAGACAACAUGGGAAGAGAUAAGUAGCUCUGGACACUAUGGAAGGUCUCAUUAGGAAGGAGGUCAAGACACGGUUAGCUGGCUUUCCCACCGGGCCAUCGGGAGCCACAGGAGGACCGAAGGAGACACUGCCAGCUUUGGAUUCUGUGAUGUCUCAGCCUUUCCACAGUCAGAUGAGAAAUCUGAGGUGAAAGCAAGUAAGAAAGUUACCCAAGAUUAUACUAACAAGCCUUAAAACUGGGAUUCCAACUUACACAGUGUGGCACCAGAGAUCUGCUUGUAACCAUGAACUGAAACACUCAAGUAUCUUGUAAGUUAUGUAUUAUUGUUCCAAUUUUCCAGGGGAGGAAACUGAAGUUGAAAGAGUUAAGAAAAUAUAACAUUCACUGGGGUUGUUUAUAAAUAUUCAAGUUCUCUCUUUCUGACACCCUCUGAAGUUAGGUGUGGCUGUGUAACUUGCUUUCAUCAACAAAAUGUGAAUAGAAGUGGCAGGGAAGCAUUAAGAGCCCACAUACAAUUUAUUGUGUGCCCUUUCUGCUGCGUUGCUGAAAGAUCUUUCAAGAUAGAGCCCUUGUCACCCUUGAUCCUGGAGUGACUAUGUUGGACAGCAUCCCUUUGCUGACUAGUGUUGGACACAGAAGAAUUGGUAAACUUCUGAUAUUUAGAGCCAAGUUAGAGGAAGGAGAAUGUAACCACAACGUAAUCUAGCCCAAAUUUAGCAAUUUCCCUAAUAACUUGCCCAAACUGCUGUUGUUUGUUGGUACCAGAUAUGUGUCUGGAAUCCAAGUCUCUCAGACUCAACAGUUCAUGGUUUUUUUUUGUUGUUGUUGUAGUUAUUUGUUUGUUUGUUUACAUUUUUACCUCUUUUUUGGUAUUGUAUGACCUGUAUGAACCCAAAUUUAGUUCUUUUGCUUGUUUUUUAGUUUUAUGACAGUAAUGAAAAUGCUUAAAAGAUUCAAUCUGUUGUCUAUGGUUAGUCCAAGACUAAGAUUAAGAGCAUGUAGAAGAAAAAUCUCUGUCAUUCUCUGACCCAUAUGUUUGGUCUAGAGCUUAAUAUAAUGAUCUCCAGCUGCAUGAGAAAUUUUUCUGGGCUUCUUAAUUCUGAGAUUCAGGUUCUAGCUACAGACUGUCAACAAUAAUGUGAGCUAAAGAACGCUAAUUUGUCCUGAGUAUUACUCAGAUUUGUCACUGUGCUCGUAGUUUUCAUGGUGUGUGCUGGUGCAAGACUUCACGCUUCUUUAGAUUAAUUGUCACUCAAAUACUCUGACUCUGUAAGGUAAUCUCAUCAACUAUAUCUAUAUCUAUCUAUCUAUAUAUCACUUUAUCUAUAUACACAAACACCAAAUUAUCCAGGUUCUCAUGUUUAAAUUCAAAAUUGUGGGGAUUUCCCACUCCACUAGCUUAGUACACACAACAAUUUAGCUGUAUACAACUGACUGCUGUGAUAAUGAACAACAGAGAACCACAUGAAAUUCUGAAUUUCUUUCCUGAGGAUUAUCUUCCUGAAACCUAAACGAAUAGAAGACUCAGAGAACCUUCCUUUUACAUUAUUUGAGUUAUCAAAUGACUUAUGGGGUAAUAGGUGUUGCCCCAUAAUAUGGAAAAAACAAAGAGGAGACUUUAUCCCCUUAACUAGCAGGGCUAAGUUUUUAGAGAAUUGGGGGUUUUUACUUUGUAUUACUUGCUGAAAACUGAUUAUUUGAUUACUUUAACUCUGUAAGGUUACUUUAUUUAUUUAAUCACAAAAUUCCUAACUCUUAUUUCAGUAACUUUUAAACAUUUUAGAGUUUAUUUGUUUAUAGUCCUGCUUCAUUGCAGAAAUGACUAGAGGCAAAAAACUUACCUUUAAUCUUGACAAAUAUCUGUAAAAUGAUACUGAGCUAACUUUUGUGGGGUGAACUAUACGAUGAAUAGAUUGUAUAAAUUUGGGAUUUUUUAGUUUUUAUUUUGAAAUAAUUAUAGAUUUAUAGGAAGUUUUAAAAAUAGUAUGGAGAGAUCCCAUGUACCCUUUCACCCAGUUUUCCCCAAUGGGUACAUCUUACAAAGUUACAGUACAGUAUCAAGACCAGGAAACUGACAUUGGUACUAUAUAUGUGUAUGUGUGUGGUUUUAUACCAUUUUAUCACAUGCAUAGAUUCAUGUAACCACCACUGCAAUUAAUAUACAGACUGUUCCACCACCACAAAGAUCUCUCCCUUUAUGGUCACAUCCAGCCCUCUUCACUCCACCAGCCCUAAUUCCUGGCAACCACUAAUCCAUUCAUCUUUAUAAUUGUGUCAUUUCAAGAACAUUCUAUAAAAGUUUUUAACAGAUGAAUUUUUAAAGUUAUUUCCCAUGUGUCAAUUAGAAAUUAGAGCAUUAGAAA